CUCUCUAGGAAUGGGUGAAAGUUUGUUCGCAAAACUAGAUAGUCAAGGGGCCACUUUUGAGUUGCACUUACAGUACAGAAUGAACAGAAAAAUCAUGGAGCUGAGCAACGAUCUGGUAUACAAUGGAAAGCUCCAGUGUGGAAAUGAUGAGGUUGCAGAGCAAAGACUUUACAUUCCUCUUGUGGACAGCCUCAAAACCAAGCCAGAAUGGAUGCAGUCUGCUCUGAGCUGUGAAAUGGAAAAGUCUGUUGUUUUCCUCAGUACAGAUCGG